AUGUCCCUCUUACCUUCUCAUCCUUCCCCCUCUAGGAACUCGACCCUCCGUCUCGUCCACUUCCCGCAAUCUCAUCUCACGGUUCGAUAUGGGUCGCGAAAGAUUUUGGGAACAGUCACGCUGCAAUCGGGGGGAUCGUACACAGGCUGGUCGGCUUCUGGCGUCUGUUCCCGUGAGGCCUUGCAGCAGAAGUAUGAUCAAGCUCUGACGGAGACUCAUGCGACAACGCUCUACGCUGAGACGACAGAAUGCCAUAUCAAACGGAUGGAGAAGUUGUGGACCGAUACGCUACUAAUGAGGUCAGAUAUUGCGCUAUCUUGCGCUAUCUUCAAUCUUGAACCUCGCGAGACAUUGAGAGAAUGUCAAACUGCUCGCAUAGAGAACUUCCUCCACUGGGUGCUGAGAACCUGUACGAUCAAGAAAACAAGCGCAGUCACAACCUACUGGCGGCAACUAAGUCAGCUACACAUCACUUGGUGGCAAUGCCGGAUCUCACCCCAAACUCUGAAAGAGAUCUUCGUGUUUAUUGAAGGUCCUUUGACGAAAGAAUAUGGCCUGGAUAACACUGAAAGUGAGAAACCACUGCUCGAGGCCGAAGAGUUCAUGGAGGUCAUACAAUGCCACUGGGCCGCUGACAUUAAUAUCUUCCCCAACGAGCGACAACGUGUCCAGGUUGCGGCCAUUCUUCUGCUGGCCGCUUACACUGGCUCGAGGCCUGGAGCACUUCUCCACAUCACAUACCGUGACCUACGCCUGUAUGUGGAGAAGCACCGCAGGACCGGCAAGCAUGAGCUAAAGCUUAAGGUGACGCUGACUAAAACAAAAUCGGGGCAGAAGCGGAAACGACCGUAA